UGAUUGCAAGGAAUGUUGUUGCCUCUGCUCAUGAAAGUGGUGGUGAAACAUCAACUGCAUCUUCAUAAGAAACACUGGAGUUUUCAAAGCAGUUUCAAAAGGAAAGCAUUUCAGUUUCCUAUGGGUGAAGUAUAACAUCCUGAAGCUAAUCAGCAGAAAAUGGUGGUCAUAUUCACAGUGAUUCCCUGGCUUGUGGGUAUUUGACCUUUUAGAGGUGUAAGGUUGUUUUCCUGGAGAUACAUAUACUACUUGCAGGCACUCAGAUUUAAGGUCUUUUGGGUCCAGCAGCUGAACCUAAGCUAGAACACCCUUUCAUCUUUCCUAUAGAAGCACUGCAGGCAAAUAUAUUUCUUUCUGAGCAUGUCUCAAACAGCACGAUCUUCUUGUGCUGAACAUGCUGUCAGCUUUUGAUAGGGACUCAUUGACUAAUUCUCUGCAUUUUCAAUCGAAUUUGGUCAUCCUCUCCUAUCUGAUUCACCAUAUUUUUAGGAAUUUCUCAAAUAGCUUUUACCUGUGCCUGCCUGAUUGCUUUUAAAUGGACACCUGCUGAGCUGCUGCUCUUAUCUGCAGAACCUACGCUGCUUUUCGAAAUGCACUUAUCUUUACAAAGGCUUUGGAGCUAAUGUGCUGUGCAGCAAGAAAAUAACUCUUCCAUUCAUCCAGCUUGUCUUAGUGGACAAGUGUAUGUACAGUAAGUGCUGUCCCUUCAUCUGCUGGGAUAGGGUAUCUGACAGCUGGAACAUUACCAUGUCAAAACCCAGCUGGUUAUAUGAACAGAGAAAGGCAAGAACAUGGUGCUUUGAUCUUCACUGUAAUCAGGCUAUGUGUACUGCCAGCAUCAUAAUUGUUUCUAUUUAGCAAGCUCAUCUGGAGAGUAUUACAGGACUCAAAACAAAAUCCUUGUAAUUUUAUCAAGCACAUUAGACUAAUGAUGGCAAGCGCUAUAUUUCCAGCAGCAGAUCCUGCCACAGGCACAUGAAUAAAACAGUCCACUUUUCCCCAGAAUGAUCCACCUUUGAAGCCUUUCUCAAUAUAGUCAGAAUUCUUAUCUCUGAAUUACUCAAUAACUCUGUGACUUAAUAGCUAGAGAAUUGUUCUGAAUUAUGAAUUAAAGCUUUAUUUAAGAUCCAGUAGCGCUUUUUUUUCCCCACCUCCUUUCUUUCUUUUAUAAAGAAGCUUCUCUGGUGUAUUUCUCUGCUUGGACUUCACCAGAGCCUAGAAUGAUUCUGUCUUUACAGAAAUCUUCAUUAUGAUCUUAAUAGUAAUUGUGAACAUUAACUUUGAUCCUCACUGGGGAGAUGGAGUGAUAGGGAAAUACAGGUACAGGAAUAAGAUGGAAUAGAAAACAGGAGGGAGAAGAGAGUAGAGUGUAUAUUGAAAAGCCAUAAGGAAGGAUAAGGCUAGGUUUAUGGGGAUGCGGCAAGGGACCUGCCAGCUCUUCCGCUGGGCAUUUGCAAGGAUUGAGAGUGAGGAAAGCAUGUCUCUUAUGCUUCUUUUUGGUCCUUCCAGCAUCAGGGGUAGCUUUGUCUCUGCAUGGGCAGCUGGCAGUGUGCCUGUUGUCAUGCACAUGGCUGUGACUGCAGUUGGACAUCCUCCAAAUCCAUGGCCUCUCCAAACAUUGCUACUGGUGAAAAAAUGAUGGGGAUGCCUGUCCAGUGCAGGGCAGUUCACAGUGUCUGCAGCCAUUGGAAGCUUUUCUAUCCCUGCUAGGUCGUGGGGUUUUUUCCGUUUAACGGAAGGUGUCCCAAUUGAGAUGGCUGUCACGAUGUCAUCAUCAAAGAUUUCCUGCACUCUUAAAGCCAUUUUCAUGCUGUGGAUACACUUUAUACUGCUGUUCAGUCGGCAGGGGAAGUUAAGGCUUCAGAAAUGGUACACGACGCUACCUGAUAAAGAGAAGAAAAAGAUCAUUCGAGAAAUUGUUCAGAUUAUUUUGUCUCGCAAUCAAAAAACAAGUAGUUUUGUUGACUGGAAAGACCUCAAGCUUGUUUACAAAAGGUAUGCUAGUUUGUACUUCUGUUGUGCAAUAGAAGAGCAGGACAAUGAACUCCUGACACUAGAGGUCGUUCACCGAUAUGUAGAGCUUCUGGACAGAUACUUCGGAAAUGUGUGUGAGCUGGAUAUUAUCUUUAAUUUUGAGAAGGCUUAUUUUAUUCUUGAUGAGUUUAUAAUUGGUGGAGAAGUACAAGAAACUUCAAAGAGGUCUGCAGUGAAAGCCAUAGAAGACUCUGACAUGUUGCAGGAGACAGUGGAAGAGUACAUGAACAAGCCUGCAUUUUAAAGUUACAACUACCUGGAGAACUGCUGUAUGCACCUGUAAAGUGUACUUCCUAAAAUUGCUUCCCAAUGUGCCAGAGCCUCAGAGAAAUACCAAAAGCAAUAACUAAAGGGGUUUGUUUGUAUAAUUGUGAAGAUGAAGGUCAGCUAAUGUAGCACAGGGUUCAACAAUUCUGUACUUGCCUUACUCUGCAUAUGAGUUUCUCAGAAUUGUUAUUACCCUUCAGGUAGUUUCUCUUCUCCUUGCUGGACUAAACACUUGUUUUGUACCAUGCCUUUUAGCUACUGGUUUUGUCAUCAUAAAAUGUUACUUUGAUGGUACUUUGAAGAAGUAUUUUUACUAGUUUUUGUCCACUGCUGACCGUAUGACUCUACUUUUGUACAAAUGUCCAUUAUUUUGAAUGCAAUGAU